AGGCGCAGGAGUCAGUGCACUGGCCACGUGGGUCGGGCAGACGUGAUCAGUGCUUUUCGAUCCGGUGUUUUCCUUCCGGCGUCUAGGAAAGGAGGGGUACGAUUCCGUUUUUGUUUCAACGUGUCUGAGGAGGGGUUGGUGCUUUAGUUUGGACGGGGUGAUGCCGAAAGCGAAGGCGGCUAAAGGCAGGCUAAAGGAGUCCAGGGGCCUGGCCUUGGCCGAUCAGAUCCUGCAGGAAGAUGCUGUCAAACCGAUCAGCCGCAACAAGAAGCGGGGCCGGGGCGACGAGGCUGACGAUGAGUACGUGGACGAGAAACUGUCCCGCAAGAUCCUGGAGCAGGCCAGGAUUCAGCAGGAGGAGCUGGAGGCAGAGCAUGGAAUCAGCAAGAAGAAGAGACCCCAAGCCACGGUCCUGGGCACAAGUUCGAAGAGUAAAGGUUCUGACUCCGAUUCGGAUGAUGAAUGGCCUACACUGGAGACAGCUGCAGCAAUGGCAAAGGAAGACUAUUGUAAGGAAGUCAUCGUGAACCCUGAAGAUGAAAAGGCGAUCGAUAUGUUCAUGAGCAAAAAUCCACCAUUAAGGCGUACACUUGCCGACAUCAUCAUGGAGAAGAUCACAGAGAAACAGACAGAAGUGGAGACAGCCAUGUCUGAAUUCUCUGGCCGACCUAUGCCUCAGCUUGAUCCCAGGGUCCUGGAUGUUUAUAAAGGCGUGCAUGAGGUAUUGUGCAAGUACAGGAGUGGGAAACUCCCAAAAGCAUUUAAGAUUAUCCCAGCAUUGUCAAACUGGGAACAGAUCUUGUACAUCACUGAACCAGAAAGCUGGACAGCAGCAGCCAUGUAUCAGGCAACAAGGAUUUUUACUGCCAAUCUGAAGGCAAAGAUGGCGCAGAGAUUCUAUAACUUAGUGCUUUUGCCCCGAAUCAGAGAUGAUAUUGCGGAAUACAAACGCCUGAACUUUCACCUUUAUGCAGCCUUAAAAAAAGCACUGUUCAAACCUGGAGCUUGGUUUAAAGGUAUUCUGCUUCCCUUGUGUGAAUCUGGCACAUGCACGCUAAGAGAAGCUAUCAUUAUUGGGAGCAUUCUGACAAAAUGCUCUAUCCCAGUUCUGCACACUAGUGCUGCAAUGCUGAAGAUUGCGGAAAUGGAAUAUAAUGGAGCAAACAGCAUCUUCCUCAGACUGAUGAUUGACAAGAAGUAUGCGCUUCCCUUCCGAGUAAUCGAUGCUUUGGUGUUCCAUUUCCUGCAAUUCAGGACUGAUCAGCGAAUCCUACCUGUACUGUGGCACCAGUGUCUGCUUACCUUUGCCCAGCGGUAUAAGGAGGACCUGUCCUCUGAGCAAAAAGAGGCCUUGCUAGAACUGCUGCGGAUCCACUGCCAUCCGCAGAUUUCAUCUGAGACCCGACGUGAACUGGUUAACUCCAAGUCAAGGGAUGUGGAAGUGGGAAUGGCAGUGGAGUGAUAUUUGGGGCCUUGGUGAUCUCUGACGUAAAUAAAUACCUGGAUGUGAUGGGAAAUUAA